AUGCCCAACUUGUUUCAGAGACACAAGAAACCAUCGGGUGAACACAACUUCCAGCAGAUUGAUGAUCCAGUCAAAGUUCCUCCUCCGCAUUCCUUAUCAAUGAAUCCAACUCCAAUCAAGUAUGGAAACGAUCCGCAGAAUUCCUCCAGAUAUCAAGCAAAUCCAUACUAUAAUCCUCCGCCUACUGGAGGUCCACAAUAUUCGGGAGGAAGCAGUCAGUCUUCUAGGGAAAUUGUCAAUCAAUCAAACUCCUACAGAGGUUAUUCUUCGGAGGACAGCGUGUAUGGCUCUCAAAUGGAUCGUGGACGUGGUACCUUUGACAGGCUAGAUCAAUCCAAACCUCCAUCGAAUUUCCAGCAACCCAGCUACAACGGGGACUACCCUAGGGAAGACGCUUUUCAACAAGGUAGUGUAGGAUAUCCUCAACCGCAAGAAGCAAGACAUCAGCCUCGAAAGCUUAACUCUCAGCAAAUCCAUCAGCGUAUCAUCCAGCAAAAGUUGCAAAACCUACCUGUUCUCCCUUCUCAUUUAGACUCUCGAUCAAGCGAUCAGAGUAGUAACAAACAAGACGGGAGUUAUGGAAGGAACCAACAAAAUGAUGAUACGGACUGGAUUAAUCGACAAAGGGCUUAUGAGCAGCAGAACCAGGAAAAGUUCAACAACGAUAGGAUUAAUCGAGAAAGAAUGAUUCAAGAGCGCAAUAGGCAGGAAAGGCUUAACCAACAACGAAUUAAUGAAGAGAGAAAUAAUGAAGAAAGAAUCAGAUAUGAAAUGCUUGACCAAGAGAGAGUUAGACAGGAGAAAAUAAAUCAAGAGAGGAUUAGACAGGAGACAAUCAACCAAGAGAGAAUCAGACAGGAAAAGAUUAACCAAGAAAGAAUCAGGCAGGAGAAAAUCAACCAAGAAAGAAUUAACCUAGAGAGAAUUCAGAAAAGAGAACGAGAUCUCAAAGAACUCCAGGAUCGCCAAAUGAGAGAACAGAAAGAGUUACAAGAACGCCAACGAAAGGAACUAGAACUCAAAGCCCUGGAGUAUGAAAUGGUACAAGAUCCAGUAGCGACUUCAAAAUCCAUGUAUCCAGUGGACGAUGACAAUGAUGAUCUACAAACUAUGGAAGCCACACCUUACGGAGAUGAUAUUUCACAACAAAGAUCACAACUUCGUAGAGAACUUACACACAGACGACUUAAACAACAUCCCCCUCUAACUGCAGCAGAUGUUGCUCCCCCUGCCCUCCCGUACAAAGGCGAGAUUCCAUCGUCUCAUACUUUGGAAGAUUUGUCAAAAUAUCCGGAGCCGAUAGAUUUUGCUGUGGACUCAGCAGAAGACUUGAGGAGUGCUUCAAUUACAGAUCAGAGUAUCGAUAGGCGGUAUAACGAAAAGGGAUUAGGUCCGGUUCACUCUCAUAAAAGGAUACCUCCGCCUUCUUUGGGGGUCACAUCUUCUUCUACAUCCCUUCCAAGACCAACGAAUAGCGCAAACAGUCACACACAGUAUGAAAUUGAACAGAUAGAAAAACAACGAAAACAGCUACAGGAUAUUCAAUUGCAGGAUGUAAAACACGCACCUACGAAACCUACUAAAUCAUACACCGACGAAGUAGCUAAAGAACUGGAUAAUCGAGGAAUUCAUACCCCAUCCAGGGUUCAAUAUGAUGCUCCUAGUUCGAUACGGCAGGCCGAACGUCUGUCAAUAUCUUCCAAGUUAUCAGUAUUACGAAAUCCUCGUCUAUCACCCCCAGAAAUUGUGGGUGAGUUUAGAAAGGUCGAGGAAAGAGCUAGACAAAACCCAGCAAAUCCACAAUUUCAGUUUGAAUAUGCCAGAUCUUAUCUUGAAUGUUGUUUAAAUCCAACCUUCUUGAACAACGUUUUGCCUGACUUUAGGGUGAGACCGCGUCCUGCCAGUUUGAAAGAACUCAAAAAGACCAAAUCGACUAUGGUUCAAUUGGCAAUUGCACGCUUCAAAAGUAUCAGUAAGACAUUUCCUAACCGAACAGACUCGGAACUAUUUUUGGGCUAUCUUUACUCCGGUGCAAUUUUCAAAGGUACAAUUUCUGAAGAUUAUGGAAAAUCUUUUGAUUACUAUGCCUUGGCCGCUUUGCAAGGAGAAAGUUUAAAUGCCCUAUACAGGUUGGCGUGCUGCUACGAAUUUGGAGUCGGGUCUCAAAGAGACGUAGGCAGAGCUCUACAUUUUUAUAAGAAGGCAGCUGAAUUUGGAGAUGUUAAUUCCAUGUGCAAACUGGGUUUAGUGUAUCUCAAGGGGCUAUUAGCUCAACCCAGAGAUGUCGGAAGGGCUUUAGAAUAUCUAUUUAAAGCCGCCGAUAUCGAUAACCAAUACUUUCAAUCAUUGAAAAGACAACAGGUUCAGAGGGAAGCAGAUUCUCUAGACCUCGAAUACAAGGAUACUGGAGCUUCAUUGUACAUGGUUGCUAAGUUAUAUGAACGUGAUCUUUCCUCAUUGGGUUACGGAAAUAGUCCCAAACAUGUUAGAGAGAGCAGAGAGGUGUUCGAAGGUCUAAAUCAACAAAACCUACAACAAGAUUUUGCCAAAGCCUAUAAUAAUUAUCUGAGAAGCGCACAACUAGGAUACCCCAAGGCACAAACCUACUUAGGACACAGCUUUGAAUUUGGAAACCUUGGGCUGAAGAAAGACCCUAAGAAAUCGAUCUAUUGGUACAGUAAAGCUGCCAGUCAAGGUGACUGCCAAGCGGCUAUCGGACUUAGUGGAUGGUAUUUGACAGGAUUUUCCGGGGUUCUCCAGCAAAGUGACGAACAGGCUUUCCUGUGGGCUCGUAAGGCCUGUGAAGAGAGUAUUCCGAAGGCCCAAUAUGCAAUGGGCCGAUUUUUGGAGUAUGGGAUCGGAACGUCUGUCAAUAUGGAUGAGGCUCGAAGGUGGUACCAGAGAGCGGCUACACAAGGAUAUGGAAAGGCUGUCCAGAGGCUAAAAGAGAUUUCAUAA